GCAUCGGCGUUUUACGACAGAGCUUCGGUCGCGUGGCGGUAGUUGCGGCACGUCGUUCCGCGGUGACGCGACGUUGCGUCAUUUGGCGGCGAAGCGCGCUUUCUUACGUUCGAGGGGUAGGAGGGGGGAAGAGGCUAUCAUCUUACCGUGGCAUCGUGGACUAAUUGCUGAUAAUUUACACCGGCGCUGGUGACAAUAACGGCGUCAUCGCGCCUCAAGAGGGAAAGAGUGCACGACACGUCCGCGUGCGCGCGUCAGCCAGCGCGUCCCGCUCCGCGGAGAAACCGCGGUGGCACUUCCGCCUGUUCCCGAGGAACUGCGCUGCCGGAUGCACGGAACGGGAGAGACGAUUGUCGAGCUGGCGCUGGUAGGUACCGAGCGAGUUGGAUGAAUGAAAAGUUUACGCAUCUAUUAAUAAUGCCCCGCACUACCAAGAUAUUAUUAGGCACUGAUCAAAUUUAUCGUGUGCAAUGAUGGUCUUUUUACAAACUGGCUUUGCUAUUUCGCACGUUCGCAAGUUUGCCUAUAAUUAGACGAAACUUUACUCAGCCUUUCCUUAUCAGAGGCAUCGAAGAUAAUGUUCCUCUGCAAAUCGCAAAUUCCAACGUCUAGUCUAAUUUAUUCGCGGCAUCAUAUCACGAAUUGGGAAAUAUGUGCGGCACAUUGCAAUGGCUCGAUCAUGGCUAGGAUGUCUGUGCGGUGUCUUAGUACCAUCCGUGAUCUUUUAUCUGUACCUGCUGUUGAACGGUAAUUUUCCCUCCGCGGAGAUAGGCAAAUCGAGCGUCGGAGGGAAGUGGCGAUCGCUAUCGGUGGGGGUGGAGAGAUCGAGUUUGCGGGCGGAAGAACGCUCUCCCGAACGAUCGCAGUUAAAAAACAAUUUUGAGGUGAAAUGCGACACGAUACACGUAGCCAUGGUGUGCGCCGGAUACAAUUCAACCUUCGCCCUCGUAACCGUAGUGAAGUCCAUUCUGUUUUAUCGCACGAAUCCGUUGCAUUUUCAUUUGCUCGUCGACGAAAUUGCGAGGAAAACGCUCUCGACUCUGUUCCGAACGUGGGAUUUGCCACAUGUCAACGUAACGUUCUACAAGGCUGAGAUUUGGGUGCCGAGGGUUUCAUGGAUACCGAACAAGCACUAUUCGGGGGUGUAUGGUCUUCUGAAGUUGAUACUGCCGGACGCGAUGCGAGAGGACAGAGUGCUCGUGCUGGACACGGACGUGACCGUUUUGAACGACAUGCAGCCGUUGUGGAAGAUGUUCGAGAGUUUCUCGGCUGGUCAGACAUUAGGUCUGGUCGAGAAUCAGAGUAACUGGUACGUAAAGGCGUUGUCGUACGGGCAGCGCCCGUGGCCGGCUCUAGGUCGUGGAUUCAAUACCGGCGUAAUGCUGAUGCACCUGCGACAUUUACGCGACGGAAAGUUCGCGAGCUCCUGGGAGAGCAUAACCAAACGCGUGCUCAGAUAUAUACCAGAGACCAGCCUGGCCGACCAGGACGUGAUAAACGCGGUGAUCAAUGAGCAGCCGAGUAUCGUGUACAAGAUAGAAUGUACCUGGAAUAUACAGUUGAGCGAUCACACGAUAAGCGACACGUGCUAUCGUGACACGAAUCGCAUAAACAUUCUCCAUUGGAAUUCUCCGCGAAAGCAAGACGUUCACAAUAAGCACGUUAACGAGUUUCGAAAAUUGCAUCGGGUCUUUCUUGAGAUGGAUGGCAAUCUGUUACGAAAGCGCUUAUUCGGCUGUGACAAGCACGAGAGCGUGCUUCCAUACAACGAGUCGAACCCUUGUCGAGAAUUUGAGAAGGGCGCUACUCUUCUGUAUCGUACACAUCCUUUUCUUCUCGAAUACGAAUACAAUGUAUAUUCGCCGACUGACGUUGCCCUGGUCACUCAGUGUAGCGUCGAAAGGAUACCACUAUUGGAAGCAUUAUCGAAACACUGGCCGGGAACUAUAAGCGUUGCGCUUUACUUGACCGAUGCGGAGGUUCAGAAUUUCCUGGAUUUCGUGCGGAGCUCCGCGGAUUUGCGGACAAGAAGAAACAUUGCUUAUCACGUCGUGUACAAAGAUGGGGAUCUUUACCCUAUCAAUUAUUUAAGGAACACUGCGAUGUCAUACGUACCAACUCCAUUUGUCUUCCAACUUGAUGUCGAUUUUUUGCCGCAGUUUGGAUUGUAUGAAAAUGUUAUGAAUUAUAUUAACCUAUUAAAGAUCAACGAAUCGGACAAAGUAGCUUUGAUCGUGCCAGCCUUCGAAACUGAACGUUAUAGGUUUACGUUUCCCGCCAAUAAAGAGGAACUACUGAAGUUUCUUAAACGCGGUAUUUUGUACACGUUUCGCUAUCAUGUUUGGACACAAGGACAUGCUGCCACAAAUUACAGCUUUUGGCGAAAUAGCACGGAGCCUUACCAAGUUUCAUGGGAGCCGGAUUUCGAACCUUACAUAGUAGUUUCGAAAUCCGCUCCGCGAUACGACACGAGGUUUGUUGGAUUUGGUUGGAAUAAAGUUUCCUAUGUGACCCAUUUAACGGCGCUAGAUUAUAAAUACAUUGUUUUACCAGAUACUUUUAUUAUUCAUCGGCCUCAUGCUCCUAGCUUAGACAUCGGUAAAUUCAGAACAGAUUCUGUUUAUAGAAGAUGUCUUAAAAAAUUAAAAGAUCAAUUUGUUGAAGAAUUGGUAGCAAAAUAUGGCGAGACUGCAUUGUCGAAACUAAAGAAAGAAACCAAAGAAGAAAAAGCCUAAGAAAUUAUAUAAUGUUUAAUGUUAACGUAUAAUUUUGACGCAUAAGAUAUAAUGAAAUGUAUGAAUUCAUUAUAUUUUUACUAAAAAUCUCUAUAUUAUGAAAUGAUCAGAAAAAUCUAUGUAUUGCAGCUAUUUUCUUAAUAAAAUAUACAUUCUUUUAAAUAAAA